GCUGUCUGAGCGAGAAGCCGCAUCACUGGCCGGCUACCAGAGAGAGAGGACCCGGGAUCGCGUUGGGACUCCUGACCGGCCCUCCCAGGGACCCGCUUGCCCCACGCCGCCCGGCCCCGCCGGACUCUCUGCAUCAGCCUUACCUGCGGGGGCCUCCAGAAUCUCCAGGGCUUUCAGAGGAUGCUCAGGUCGACCUCGGGGCAGCAGUGAGGGGGGCAUCCAGCUCCCAUCCAACUCCGGUCCUGCGCCAGGGGCUCCCCCUGGAGAUGAGCAUGGUGGUUUUCUCUUGCAACCCCCUGGUUUGGUACGUCUGAGAAGAUGCCUACCAUGAGACUGUUCACUUGCUUCCUGCAGCUCCUGACGGGGCUGGCUUUGCCCGCCGUGCCCCCCCAGCAGUGGGCCUUGUCUUCUGGGAACAUUUCAUCAAAGGUGGAAGUGGUGCCCUUCCAGCGAGUGUGGGAACGCAGCUACUGCCAGCCGGUAGAGAGGUUGGUGGACAUCGUGUCUGAGUACCCCAGCGAGAUGGAGCACCUAUUCAGCCCAUCCUGCGUCUCCCUGGUGCGCUGCACCGGCUGCUGCAGCGAUGAAAAGAUGCACUGCAUGCCCCUGGAGACAGCCAACAUCACCAUGCAGCUCAUGAAGUACCGCGCUCUGGACUUGCCCUUCUUUGUGGAGAUGAGCUUCUCUCAGCACGUCAGGUGCGAGUGCAGACCUCGGUGGGGGAAGACGAAGCCAAAAAGGAGGAGAGCCAAGGUCAGGGGCCAGAGGAAGAGAAAGGAGCAGAAACACAAAGACUGUCACCUGUGCGGUGAUACUCUUUCCCGGAGGUAACCAGUCCCUCGGAGGAGAGACCCCCCACACCCGGCUGGUGUAUUUAUUACCGUCACAUUCUCAGUUACCUCCUGCUGGCACCUGCCCUCUAUUUAUUAGCCAAUUGUAUCCCUGCUGAAUGACUCACUCCCUCCACGGGACAGGACCCUCAGGAAUUCAGUGCCUUAAACAGAACGUGAGAGAAAGAAGACAGACCCAUGUGGCUUCAGCUUGAGAAGGAGCAAGACAUGUGGCUUUGUGAGGGGCAGGCCUGGCUCCAGAGGCCCCGGGGGUCUCCAGGAGGCUGGAGAAGGAAGGACUGGAGACCCACCACCUGCCCUCCCGGAACCUUGGGCUCCGCACAGACCAGCAACCCUUGCUGGGGAAGCUCCUGGUGGAAGUCGGGGGUGGAGGCCCCUGCUCUGGCCACCCUGGCCCUGCUGAGGGGGUGGGCGGGCAGCCACUCUGCACCCUGGAGGUCGGAUAUUCAGCUCUGGAGAACAGUGCUUGCCUGGGGGGCCUCUGCCACUCCUCGUCCCCUCGGUCUCGCCUCACCUCUUAACUGCUGCUUGUGCUGAGACAUUGUUCUUUGUGGCCAAAGCAUCAUCAUCCCGCCCCUCUCAAGGACACAGGCAAAGAGUGGGCCCCAAGCUGGACAUGGAGCGAGCUGCCCUCGCGUGGCUCUCUGACCACCAAGCCAGUUUCUCUUGAAUAAAGUAUUCUAGUCUGAAA